AUGUCAAUUUGACGUUUUGUUUUGUUGUGUGAACUCAAGGUUUUUUCUAAAAUAUCAAAAUUUUGAUUACAAUUUAUUUCGUCAGCUUUGUAGAUAUAUGAGAUUCAUGCCAACAUGCAGGCUGAUGAUAAGCGUACCAAGCACCCAACAGACUUGGCAUCUUUGGAGCCUGCUGCGAGGGUGAAACAGCUUGCAAACUACGGGACCAUGGUCGAAGUGGACCCCAAUGUCCCUCCUCGAAGGUAUUACCGUUCAGGGUUAGAGAUGGUGAGGAUGGCCAACGUUUAUCUGGCUGAAGGCAGUCUCGAAAAUGCUUACAUAUUGUUCAUGAAGUUUAUGACCCUCUUCUUGGAGAAGAUUCGGAAACAUCCGGAGUAUGCGUCGGUGCCGGCGCAAGUGAAGUCUGUGAAUCAAGCCAAGCUCAAGGAAGUCAUGCCCAAAGCUGAAAAACUUAAGCAAAAACUUCUGGAGCAGUAUGCUAGAGAACACAUAGCGUAUAAAGAGAAUGAGGAGAAAAGACGUAAGUUGGAGGAGGAAAGGAAAAAGCAGGAGCGUGAAGAUGCAAAGUUGGCAGAACGAUUGCAGGCUGAUGAAGACAGACGAGACACAAAUCAUCCCACACCACAUUUGAUGCAUGCGGAGAACUGGGCUGUAUCUCCGUCAGCGCCGCCUGUAGACGGCGUGCUAUACCCUGACGACUUCGCCGCCGAGCCGCCGCGGGCGCCGUCGCAUCAGUAUACACCAGUGCCGCCGCUUAUACCGCCUUCAAGGCCGCAAAGCAGCGACAGCACGUUCGACGCGGCGCCGCUAUCGGCGCGGCUAGGGCUGCGGCCAGUACGCGUGCCGGCGGCGCUGUUGCCGCGCUUCCUGCAGCUCGCGGCUCCUAACACGGCGCGGAAUACUGAGACCUGCGGCAUCCUAGCUGGCGUGCUGGAGCGCGACGAACUCAAGAUCACGCACGUGGUGGUGCCGAAGCAAUCAGGAACCCCCGACUCGUGCAGCACCACCAAUGAGGAGGAGAUCUUCCACUACCAGGACCAGCACAACCUCAUCACGCUCGGCUGGAUACACACGCACCCGACGCAGACGGCGUUCCUGUCUUCGGUAGACCUUCACACGCAGGGCGCCUACCAGCUCAUGAUGCCCGAAGCCGUCGCCAUCGUGCAGGCGCCCAAGUACAACGAGACGGGCUACUUUGCUUUAACGCCGGAAUACGGCAUGGACUUCAUCGCCAAGUGCCGCCAGACGGGCUUCCACCCGCAUCCCAACGACCCACCGCUAUUUUAUGAUGUCAAACACAUUCGGCUAGACCACACAGCGCCGGUGGAAAUGGUGGACCUCAGGAGAUGAGCUCACCACCACCCCACACUCGCCGGUAACACGCAUUUAUAAUAUUACUGUAAUCCGAUUGCGGUAACUUGUAUAUUACAUCAUGUAACGCUCCACGAGCUUGUAGAUAUUAGAUAUUACAGAGUAUUUUAUUUAUUGCCCGUAAAUGUUGUUUACAUUAAAGUUAUGGCCGUUUAAGGGAUCACGCUAAUAUUUUCUAUUCAGGUUUGCAAUAAGAUAUUAAAGUUAUUUAAAAUUAUUUUAAAAUAAUACACAUCGUGUGAUUGAAUUAACGAAAAAGAUAUUGAUUUUUUCAACACCUACAGUAGAAUAGACUUUAAUGUAGAGAUAGCAUUUGAUUUAUUUCAAUUAAACUUUGUGUCAUUGUUUCAAUAAAAUGCAUAAAAUGAGAAACUAUGUAAUCACAAAACAAAAUAUUUAGCAACACACCUAACAAUAAUAUGCUCUUUGCUCGCGGCUAUACAUCCGUGCAAAAUGUCGAGUAAAUCGACAACACAACUUCCUCUAUCCAUUUAAAAAUAAAUAUUUACAACUCGUACGUUUAUUAAACUAUCUAUUUUCACUGGCUUUAACACUACAAAUAUACUGUAGGCAUGUAUUCGAGUGUUGAACUUCGAAAGUUUGAAAUAUCCUUAUUUGAUUACUUCACACCUAAAGAAAAAAUUUCAUGAUAAAUGUUAAAUUCCCAAAAACAUAACACGAUUGACAACAAAGUUCACAUUUGCUUGCACUUUUAUAAUUCGAUAUUUACCCAGUGGACGUUCGUCUGUCUUUGUCAAUUAAUGUCUUCUUUAGAGUGGUAAGAGCUCCCUAUUUUAUCUCUAAAAGAUUCGUUUUUUACGCGUGUGAUAUUUUAAGGCACAGACGAACACUGACGCUUAUGUAUCAUAUAAAUCUUCGAAUAUUCCAUAGUAAUUUUUAACCUUUAACUAGGCUACAAAAAGUCAUUUUUCAACCGUAUCUUCACAGCAUAAAGUUCAAAUUGAUGUGGGCUCUAUAGCUUCCAAAGCCUGGUUAAGGGUUGUCUACGUUCCACGUCUGUGACAAAUUCGAAUUUACACUGUGAUUUAUAUUAACAAUGAUUGUUUAUAGCGUUAAAUUGUUAAGUCAUUUGUUUGUUCUGUUUAUUGUCCAUAUAAAAAAACAUUUCAUUUCAACGCAUUUUUAAAUACCAAAAUAAUGUUUUGUUUUAAAAUACAAGUCAAACUUGUUAUCUCUAAGUUCUCUAACGUUAAUGAAAAUAUUGUUUUGUUGUUCUAAGUGUAAAGAUUACGUUAUAUUUUGUUAUGAAGAUGAUAUUAUUAUUCUCUAAAAUGGUCUAAAUAUUUCUUACUUUGUCACAUCACAUUCUAUUUAUUAACAAUGCUUUUGCUUUACACAAACUUUUAGUGGUUAUGAUCACUUCUUAUUAACCCAGGGUAUAGUGCCAUUUGUAAGAGAAUAGGUAUAAAAAAUAAAAAUAGACGCUUUCCGCAUUUGUUAAGAUAAGUUCAAGAAAAAUCAUAUCCGCCAAGAAAUAAUGCACUGACUCAAAAUAAAAAUCAUGUCUAAUGAGAAUUCCGACUCGGUUUUUUAAUUCAAACGAUACCUACUUACUCAAAAUUAACACAUGCAAUUUCGCGAAUUACAUACUUCAAGAUUUGUAUACUAAAUUAAUCUGUGUAUACUGAAGAACAUUGAAAUCUGUAGAAGACUGAAUUAGACGAUUACGCAUUUAUUAAUUUGAAAAAUAUAAAGAUACAUAAUUUUGCUUCUAAAUAAAUAAUUACAAUACAACCAUGGGUUGCUUUUUCCUUAUGGUUUUGGUUACAAUAUUAGAGGUUAGUAAGCUUUUCAGUUGCAAAGUCUAAUAUUCUAGAUGUGUCACAUGUUCUAUAUCGGUUGAUCAAUAAAAUUGGACUUUCGAACCUAUUCUUAAUAUAUUUUUGCCUAAUAAAAUAUGUAUAACAUCACAACUUGGUUAGAAAGAGAUAAAAUAACUGAGAUUCGAGGAUCGUUGGCCCAUCUCUUUCCAACGGGCAUUAUGUAUUAUUUCUUGACGAUAUAAGUGUAAUGUAUUAAACUCAUGUUCCGAAGCGUGUCUAAUAUAAGAGCAGAGUCUUAUGUAUGUGUGAUUCAUUAUUAAUAUGGACCAAUGAUAAUAAAACGAUUAAAUCUAAUAA